AUGAUUACUAAAAAUCUGCUUUGGAACGCGAGAAGGUUCGGUGCCGAGGAUGGAUUGUGGAGGAGGAGGAGGCCUGCGCAACGCGUAAGGCAGAGAACUUUGGAACGGAAGGCGAGUAACGAUUUUGCGAGGAAUGGGCUUUUCACAUUUUUAAUGGGAUGGACAGAAGCAAUUCAGGGAGAAAAUCGGAAUGUCGUCUUGGAAGGAAAGAAAAAAAUUCACUCGAUCUACUGUUCACUAUCAAAAUGUGAUGGAGAGUUGCUCGCUCUCCUUGCAUGUAGGAUGAACGGGCAAAGAAUAGUCAGGUUGAGAGUGAUGGGACACGGAAUAGUUAUAGCAAAUAAAGCAUACCUUAUGUUUGCUUUUGCCAAAGGGCGCGUCGGGCCCCGGAGGCCCGUUUGCCCCGGACGCCACUGCGCAGCCGCAGAAACGGAAAAGAGUUGGCGGCGCACGUCGCCUCUUCCGUUUCAACGCCAUAUUCCGGCCCCACCCGCCUCCGCCAACGGAAAGCCCGCUCCUCCGCGGCCCGGACUGCCAGGGCCGGGGCCCAACGGCGGCGACAGCGGCGUCGCCGUGGCCGCCAUGUCCGGGGCUGAGGGGAGGAUGGCCUCGCCGCCCUUCCCUCGCCGUUCCUUCGACCUCCGCGCCCCGGCCAAGCCUGAGGGAAAAACGCUCCGCCACCGUUCGCAACGGCCCAGCAGAAACGAGUACAUUACUGUGAAUGUUGAGGACGAAGUAGAAGCUGUGAUAAUAGAAAAUUCCGAAAAUGAGGAUUUGGAGAACGGUCUUUCUGCUUCAGGCAUGUUAGCCAUAGAACCCAAUUCCCAAGGCAGCGGUAAUAACCACCAUUAUAUCUCCCAACUUUCAUAUGGAAGUGAAGGUUUGCCUGUCGUAAGUGACCAAGGGGUCUCAAAUCCCUCAGCGGGGCAGAGGGACGCUGGGGAAAUGGAGUUUAUCUUCUUGCAUAAAAGACACAGGCUUGCUUCUUCCCAGGGAAACAGCACUAAUUUCUUGCAACUUUUUUCCCAAAUUAUGAUUUGAGUGAAUACGGAAGAGACUGGAAAACCUGCGUCACCAAUGUCAAUGCUAUGAUUCGCUGUUUGUGCUGCGAAACCAAAAUAC